AUGGUCCUUCUACUCUCAUCUUCGCCUGCGAACAACAACCGUGCCCUAAUCGCACGCCUCGAUCGAUCAAGGAGGAUUACGAGCGCUACAAGGCCAUCAGAAGGGCCCAACAUCCGCUCGGCCCCCGCAGUACCCACGCAUCUCGAUCUGCGUCCCGACACUCCCGCGCUGUCUCUCCCAGCUCUUGCCUUCCCCAAACUGUUGCCAGCACAAGUCAAGCAGGAGGAGAUCCCGAUCUCCCUGCAGACCCUGCACCAGAGCCAGAGUCUGAAGAGAGUGCGAGUGAAGAAGGAGUCUCGGAGCCCGAGCCUACACUUCACGGUCGGGCCGCAUCGCCGGACGCGCUCCCCUCCGCGUCUCCAGUCACUGUCUCCACCCGGCGGACAGCCACAACCACCGCCUCCGCCCCUGGGCCGUCCUCCGUCCCCCCCAACACCGAUAAUGUCCUCUCCCACCGCCGCCCCUGAUAAGGAGACGUUGAAACUCCUUCUCCCGCUCCGCUACGACGGGAAGUCGGUGGUCGAAUGCAACCGGUUCAUCUCGCAAUUGCUGAUCUACUGGGCGAUCAACACGGCCCUCACCACGAUCGAGCUAAAAAUACAGGUCACCCUCAGUCUCCUCGACGGUGACGCUCGAACCUGGGCCACCCCUAUCUUCUCCCAGCUCGCCGCCGUCCAGAUUGGGGUCCAGGGAGCCAUGACACCGUUCGCCAAUGAAGCAGCCUUUCUCACGGCGUUCAAAGCCCGCUUCGGAAAUCUCGACGAUGCCGCCGCGGCACAGGUAGAGCUCACCAAGCUCUGCGCUGACAAAUCCCUGCGCGAAAGACACACCGCCGCGGAAUUCUCUGCGCUGUUCAAGGGUCCAGCGGACCGCUCCGGGUAUGGGGACCUGGAACUACACGACAAGUACCUGAGCGGCAUCCCCUCCCGGGUCUACCGGAAGAUCGAGCUCGAGACCUUCACCACGUGGCGAGAAGCUGACACGCGCGCCACCGAGGUUGAACACACAAGGAGCUUCGGCCAGCAUCAACGCGGCCGUCGGAAAAGGAGACUUCCCCAGUAG